AUGUACCAACUUAUUUAUAACUGGACACCACCCAAAAAAGUCACCAAUUAAAAAAAAAAAAAAGGAAGCUAGCUUUCUAAGUUUCAAGUAAUCAAUCAAUCAAGCAACAAUGGAGAAACAACGUGAAGAAGUUGGUGCUGCGGUGGAGCUCAUUUCCAAAGAGUUGGUGAAGCCAAUGACGACCAAGGGAGGAGAAGGAAUCCCCGACCACCCCAAAACUCACGCUCUGUCCAUCUUCGAUCAGUUGGUCCCUCCUUUCGGCGUGCCCAUCAUUUUCUUUUACCGUCCGGCGCCGUCGCCAGCGACCAGCAGCAGCAGCAGAACGAGCCUCCUGAAAGCCUCGCUGGCUGCAACGCUAUACGAUUACUACCCACUGGCCGGGAGGAUGGGUGACGGCGGCACCUCCCUCGUCAUCGACUGCAACGACGAGGGGGCCUUGUUCCUGGAAGCACGAGUCGGGUCGUCUCUCAGCGAGUUCCUCCGCCAAAACGCUGCUUCCGGCGACGAGUUACUUGACCAGCUUUUCGUCUCUUAUGGGCUUGGGCCCGAAAUCAAUAGCAUCCCGUUGGCCGUCAAAGUGACGUCGUUCGGCUGCGGGGCCACGGCAGUGUGCGCUUCCUUUGCCCAUCGUGUGUUGGACAUGGCCGGAUUCAGUUAUUUUCUCGGAACUUGGGCUGCUAAGGCGGCCGGCGUCAGCCACGAGAAUUCGCCGCCGGAGUUCAACCUCGGGGCCCUCUACCCGCCCGCCAACAACUUCCCUGCGGCCCCAACUAUGUUUAGCCCUCCUCCAGGCGCAGUGAGUAGGCCUGCCCACGCGAGGAUUGUGUUUGGUCAGUCAAAGGUGGAGGCGCUGAAGCAAGCAGCAAAGUCGGAACAGGUGCAGAACCCAACCACCGCCGAAGCGGUGACGGCGCUGAUAUCUGUCACCGCUGUUAAGUCGGCGGCAGUGUUGAACAAUUUAAAUCCCAGUAAGGUGACGCAACCGGUGAACUUGCGUGGCAGGGUGUCGCCGCCGUUGGGGGAGAGCGCGAUGGGGAAUUUCAUCAGCCACUAUGCGGUGACGUCAGAGGCGGCACUGGCGAGGGUGGUGAGCGAGAUCAGGAAGGAGAAGAGCCGGCUUUUGGGUGCGGUUCAAGGAAUGGACAAGGAGGGGCUGCGGCUGAGGGAGAUAAAGGCCGCGGAAGCCAAACAACUUCAGCCGCCGUCGUCGGCGCAAGUGCAACAGUACUAUACCGUGGGUAGCUGGUGCAGGUUCGGGUUGUACGACACCGAUUUUGGGUGGGGGAAUCCGGUGUGGGUAGUUCCAGGGACGAAGGACUGGUGGAACACUGCUGUGCUUCUGGAUAAGCCACGUGGAGAUGGGCUUGGCCGUAGGAUCGAAGUCGCUUUCACUCUGGACGCUGCCCAAAUGAAUGUGUUCUUGAGGGACCAGGAUUUGCUUGCCUAUGGCCUCGUCAAUCCCAACGCUCUUGAUGUCUGAGCCCAGAUUUAAGGAAUUACUACAGUAAACUGUCCAGGUGCCAGCCUGAAUCAGAAUCUCCUUAAAUAAAUAAGGCCAUAAUAAUAUCCUUCCAACCAAUAUAUUAUUAUUAUUAUGGCAGAGCUGUACCGUACGUAGAGAAUUUUUUUUAGGGGACCCUUGAUUACAGUUUAUCGCAAUUUCUUUUUUUCAUUUGUAUUUUUUAUAUUUUCCCCCUUAGCAUUCUCACGUACUCCCCUGUCAUUCUUUUUCUUUUUUGGUGUCCGAUUCGAUGAUAUGAUCGGAAUGUUAUUUGAAUAUAACGUAUUUAUUAUG